AUGAUUGUUUUGCUCAUGAUCGGACACAAUUUGCAGAAAACAAGUGUUCAACAGCAGCGACAGCCACCUGAUAAUCGAUUGCUCAUACCUAAGGCAUUGUAUUUAGUGCCUUCGCAGAAUCCGCUGUGGCAAAAAAUGGACUUUUGGGAAAACGCAUUUUUCGAUAUCGUCGCACAAGAAAGAGAUAUUGUGGGUAUGGAUCAAGAACCGUGCGAAAUGAUUGACAGGUACUGUGGUUUGUCGGAAUCCGAAAAGCGACGCCUUGAACUGGACGAGGAUCGUCUUUUAGCUACACUGCUACACAAUCUAACAUCGUACAUGAUUAUGUGUGGAACAGGGCAACGAGCUAUACAACAGAAAAUACGGCGCUUGCUUGGUAAAGCCCAUAUUGGUCUGGUCUAUUCGAAAACGAUAAAUCAGCUGCUUGACGGUCUCCCCAAAACUCAAGGUAAUGGUAUACCUCUGAAACCGCUCGGAAGUCGCCUUAUGCAGAAACAGUCAUUUACUGUUCACGAGGGUUCUACUGCUCAAGAUCCACUUAUGUUCAUGGAGGUGAGUGAUUAUCUAGCGCACGCCAUAAUCACAGUUUCGUACCAUAUCUAUUGA